AUGACAACAGUCGGUGGGAAUACGGAUGGAAAUAGUGUUGGGGAAUUAUGUGGAGGAGAUGACAACACUCUGGGAAUGUUCAUAAUGGGAUCUGGAAGGGAUCAGAAGGCUGAUUUGAGGAUUUCUGGGCAUACAGACAAGAAACGCUUCAACCGCCACCAGUCGGAUCGCUACAAGUGUGUCGAUCCGUCAUGGCGAAAACCAAAGGGCAUCGACAACCGCGUCCGUAGACGGUUCAGUGGCCAGGCUGCUAUGCCAAAGAUCGGUUACGGAAGCAACAAGAAGACCAGACACUUGACUCCCUCCGGCCACAAGGUCUUCCUCGUUCAGAACCCCAAAGAUGUCGAACUCCUGUUGAUGCACAACCGGACAUACGCUGCUGAGAUCGGACAUGCUGUUUCAUCAGGGAAGAGAAUCGACAUCAUCGCAAAGGCCAAGGCACUCGGUGUCAAAGUCACCAACCCCAAGGGCAGACUCACGACAGAGUCGUAG